GAAACCAUUGCUUUGCCAAGAAGGGAUGGAUGUACAUUUUGACAUGUACCUAUCAAUAAUUUAACGGCACAUUAGCAGACGAGACGGAAGACAUCUCACAGCGUCUGCAGGCAGCAUGGAGGAGCUGGACAGGGAAGCCUUUGCCACGUCAGUGCAGAGGGUGGCUGGGAUGCUGCAGCGGCCGGACCAGCUGGAUAAAGUGGAGCAGUACCGGAGGAGGGAGGCACGCAAGAAGGCCUCGGUUGAGGCCAGACUGAAGGCUGCCAUCCAGUCCCAGCUGGACGGGGUGCGGACGGGCCUCCUGCAGCUCCACAGCGCCCUGGAGGACGUGCGGGGCAUCCAGAGCUCGCUGGCCGACGUCAGCAAGGACUGGAGGCAGAGCAUCAGCACCAUCGAGAGCCUGAGGGAGGUGAAGGAGGCCGUGGUGCAGCACAGCCAGCUGGCCUCCGCCGUGGAGAACCUCAAAAACAUCUUCUCAGUGCCGGAGAUGGUGCAGGAGACGCGCGAGCUGAUCGAGCAGGCCGAGCUGCUGCAGGCUCACCGCCGGCUCAUGGACCUGGAGCUGUCGCGCGACGAGCUGCUGUACGAGCAGCACCGGGCCGACGGCGGCGCUGCCCGCGACGCCGGCCUCAUCCGCGCCUACUUCGGCCAGGUGGAGGCGCUGUCCGAGGAGCUGGCCAAGCAGCUGUGGAUGGUGCUGCAGCGCGCCCUGGUCACCGUGCGCCGGGACCCCACCAUGCUGGUGUCGGCCGUGCGCGUCAUCGAGCGGGAGGAGCGGGCCGACCGCCGCGCGCUGGACCGCCAGCGGCAGACGGGCUUCCUGCCGCCGGGCCGGCCCAAGCGCUGGCGGGAGCGGGCGUCCCUCGUGCUGGAGGCCACGGCGGCGGCGCGCAUCGAGGGCUCGCAGUCGGAGACGCGCGACGCCGACAAGAUGUGGCUGGUGCGGCUGCUGGAGCGCACCCGCCGCAACGUGCUGGACGACCUGGUGGUGGCGCGCCACCUGCUGGCGCACUGCUUCCCGCCGCACUACGACGCCUUCCGCGUCUUCUUCCGCCUCUACCACCGCGCCCUCUCCGCCCGCGUGCAGGAGCUGGCCGCCGAGGAGCUGGAGGCCAACGAGAUCGUCUCCCUCCUCACCUGGGUGCUCAACACCUACAGCAGUGUGGAGAUGAUGGGACACCCUGAGCUCUCGGCUGAGUGUGACAUCAACCAGCUGGAGCCCCUCAUACCGCAGGAAGUGGUGGACGAGCUUCUGAGCAAGUACAUACAGACCUUCACAUCCAACAUCACCGGCUGGCUCCGCAAGGCUCUGGAGACGGACAGGAAGGACUGGUACAAGGACACAGAGCCGGAGGCAGACCAGGAUGGCUAUUACCAGACCUCUCUGCCUGCCAUCGUCUUCCAGAUGUUUGAACAGAAUCUCCAGGUGGCAGCACAGAUCAACGACACCUUCAAAGAGCAGGUGCUGGCACUGUGUUUGAAGCAGAUGACCUCCUUCCUGCACAGAUAUCGGGAGGAGGCCAGCACCUACAAGGAGGACCACUUAAAGGACCGGCAGUUGCCGCAGUGUUAUGUCCAGUACAUGAUCGCCAUCAUCAACAACUGCCAGACUUUUAAGGAGUCGAUAAGCAGCCUGAAGAAGAAGCACUCCCAGUGGACAGAGCCGUCGCCCACCGAUGUGGCCAUCGAGAAGACCCUCAACGAGGUGGCCAAAGAUGGCUGUCAGUUCCUGCUGGACGAGAUCUUCCUGGACCUGGAGCACCACCUGCAUGAGCUGCUGACGAGGAAAUGGCUGGGGGGCUCCCACGCGGUGGAGACCAUCUGCGUCACUGUGGAGGACUACUUCAGCGACUUCUCCAAGAUCAAGAAGCCUUACAACACGGAGAUGAGCAGCGAGGCCCAGCGCAGGGUGGUGGUGGAGUACGUGCGGGCGGUGGUGCAGAAGCGGAUGAGCUUUAAGACCGCGGAGGAGAGGAGGGAGGGGGCGGACAGGAUGAUAAAGGAGGCCGAGCAGCUCAGGAGCCUCUUCAGGAAGCUCGCCCCUGACGAGGACAAGGAGCCGCUGUGUGACGCCAUCACCGCCAUUGCCGAGGUCUUCAAACUCACUGACCCCUCCCUCCUCUACCUGGAAGUGUCCACUCUGGUGUCCAAGUACCCCGAUAUCAGGGAGGAGCAUGUCACCGCGCUCCUGUCGGUGAGAGGGGACGCCAGUCGGGAAAUGAGGCAGAUGAUCAUGGAGACGCUGAGCCAGAGCAAGCAGUCUGUCCCUGCCAACACACCGCCUAUAUUCAGGGACAUCACUGUCCCCUCCUUGGCCUCUAUGGCUGUUCCCAAACUGCUAAAAUAAACCCCCCCC